GGUGUGACCUCAUCAUUAUAAGAAGUAAGAAGUUCCUGGUUUGAAGUGAAGAAGAAGAGAAGCAGCAUUAAACCAUCAGAGCUCUGAGAUGAAACACACUUUGGUCUGCUUCAUCUUCCUCACAGCACUUCAGGAUGGAAACACUGGUUUGGUCAAAGCACAAACUUGGACCCACAGAGCAGAGGAAGGAGGAAACAUCACAGUUAAAUGCAGCUUUUAUUUCUCUCGAAGCAGGAAACUGUUCUGUAAGGAAAAAUGUGAAAAUGGAAACAUUCUUGUUGAAACAUUUGAUGAUGCAGCUCAGAACGGCAGAUACAGCAUUAAAUAUGUAGAAAAAAGUAUUACCUCAUAUCCUACUCUGUAUGUGAGCAUCACACAGCUGAAACAGUCUGACUCAGGAUGGUACAGGUGCUCUUUGGACAAAGGCUGGAGUCCAGAUGGGAAGGAUGAUUUUGAGCUGAUUGUCACAGCAGGAAGCUCCACAUCUUCAUCAACCUCAUCUGGAAGUUCAGAUGUGCUGAUUUAUGUGCGUCUGAUUCUGGUCGUUAUCAUCACCGUCUUUUUAGCAACUCUGUUGAUUUUCUACAUGAGGAGGAGGACCGCUAAACCCAGAGGACCUCCUGUGGAAUCUGAGCAUGCUGACAUCACACAGGGCAACAACGUAUAUGAAGAGAUCAGAGAGGAGGACAGACAGAGCAGCUCACCUCCUGCAGGAGUGUUUUCAACAGAUGCUACACCAAAAGCCUCCAACCACAUGGAGAUGAAAACAAUAGACCUCCACAGCCUCUCCACCUCUCCUCAGAACAAAAGACUGAAGUUUGAUUCCUUUAGGACUGAAGAUGACAUGAAUGCAGCUGAUUACACUGAAGUGGAUUUCUCCCACUAUCGUGCCACCAACAGCGCCCCCUGUGGUAAUGCAAUUUAUGUUUGUACUUCAUCCCCAGGUCCAUGCCAGCCCUGCCGACCACACCACAGAUGCUUCACCUCCUCAUCUGUCCAAAAACAUCAGUAGUGAUGCUGCUGAUGGAACCUUGGUGGCUAACAGAUGAACAGAAUCCAUACAACAGUAUAUUUUUCUGUUUAUGAUCAUCUUUACAACUUGCUGUCAAACAGUUACACUGAAAGUUGUUUUUAUUACAGCUACUUUUAAUUUAGUUUAACAGAUGGCAUGAUGGUAUGACUGACAGGCUGUUCCUGGAGCAAGAUCCUUAAAUGCAGUCAGCAAAAAGGCUCCAGGUGGCAAACUUCAUCUAUUUUAUGUUAGUGUGUCUUUUAAUCAAACCACUGGAACUCAGAUAAACUUCUGUGUCACCUGUUACUGUUGUCAUCAGUCAGACUGAAACAAACACAAUAAAAAGACUAAUGUAAAAAAAACUUUAGAAAUACCUACAAUUAUUAAUAUUUAACUUUACAGCAUUACAGUGCUCAAGUGCUCGAGUUUCAGUAGUGACUGGAUGAAGGUCUGAACACCAGAUUGAAGUUAUGAUGCACAAUUUAAAAGAAAAGUCUUAGACAUUUUCUCCAUUCAUUCCCUUCAACUUAACUAAAUCAGGGUCGCAAGAGGGCUGGAGCCUUUUUCUCGGCUGCCAUAAAGUGUGAGGCAGAGCACAACCUGGACAGGUGACCAGCCUGUCGCAGGGAUAACACAGAGAGACAGACAACCAUUCACACGUCUGUGUAGCUUCUCAGUCAUGCAGGUCAUUAUAAUCUAAGGAGCUCUGAAAGAAAGCAAUUGGACUUGUUUAAGUUUGGUGAUAAUGGUUCAUGUCUCAUCCGAGAGGCUUCUUCAGUUCUACAACCAGAUGACAGCUGACAUGACAGGCCUCUGCUCAUGAUUGUUUGUAGUUGUUUCAAUUUUGUCCUUUUACUUUGUCUGUGUAUGUGAAAGCUUAAAAUUCACUUGUGAUAAAAUCUGUUUUGUAAAUUAAUAUCUUGAACCAGUAAAACUUUUUAUUUAAAGAAAAAUAUUGUUUUUCUGUGUGUUCGUAUGCUUUCAUCCCCUGGGUGUUCUUUUGCUGUGUGUCAGUUUAAGAUUUUAAUUUCAAAAGUACUUAAUAACUGACUUUUUGUCUGUUUCUGAGUUUCCUACAUAUAUUUGUUUCAUCAAGCAAUUUUUUUUAAUAAAA